AUGUCGGACUCAGUGCUGGUGGCGGUGAGAGUACGUCCCUUUAAUGAAAGAGAGAAACGGAUUAAGGGCGGUACUCAGUGUAUCGUCUCAAUGCAAGGAAAUUCUACGACAGUGAAGGAUCCCGAUACAAGUUUCGGACAAGAGAGAACAUUUUCAUACGACUACUCUUAUUGGAGUCAUGAUGAAAACUCUCCAAAUUUUUCAUCGCAAGAAACAGUUUUUAAUGACAUUGGGAGGCUUAUUAUAAAUAAUGCGUUCGAAGGAUACAACACCAGUUUGUUUGCUUAUGGUCAAACCGGAAGUGGAAAGACAUAUACAAUGAUGGGAACCAAAGACGAAGAGCAUCGAGGAAUAAUUCCUAGAAUUUGUAGAGCAAUAUUUCAACGUAUCAAGCAAGACUCUGAAAAGCAGGAUGGCAUAACACGAAUUUACAGAGUUGAAACAUCCAUGAUUGAAAUUUACAAUGAACAUGUAAGAGAUCUUUUCAAUCCUGAAAAUCCGUUAAACAAUAAGGGAGGUUUAAAAAUUCGAGAAAAUCCUGAGACUGGUCCAUAUAUUGAAGGAAUGGAGUCUUGUGUCGUUCAUAACGAAGACGAUAUUUUACGAUUAAUGGAUGAAGGAAAUAGAUUAAGAACUAUCGCUAAGACAAAUAUGAACGAUACUUCAUCUAGAGCACAUACAAUAUUUCAAAUUAUUUUAGCUUCGUCUAUUGAGACAGCAGUACCAGGAAAUGCAUCAACGUUCUCUGAAAAAGUUUCAAUUAUUAAUUUAAUUGAUCUUGCAGGCUCAGAAAGAGCUGAUAAAACCGGUGCCACAGGAGAAAGAUUAAAAGAAGGAUCUGCGAUUAACGUUUCCCUUACGGCGUUGGGAGAUGUCAUUAACAAAUUAUCAGAAAAAGCAGAGAAUCCAAAUAAGAAGGUGUUUGUACCUUACAGAAACAGUGUAUUGACAUGGCUAUUGAAAGAAAGCUUGGGCGGAAAUAGCAAAACCAUUAUGUUGGCAACCGUGUCACCUAGCGACUACAAUUACCAAGAAACGUUAUCCACCUUACGAUAUGCAAGCAGAGCCAAGAGCAUUAAAAACAAAGCUAAGGUUAAUGAAGAUCCUAACGCUACUGUAAUAAGAGAGCUACGAGAUGAAAUAGCACGUUUGAAAAGUCUCAUCAAUGAAAGUAGCGCUCCAAAUACUCAAGUUGCUGUGGAAGACGAUGAAAAACAAAAACUUCGAGAACAGUUAGCUCACAGCCAACAAAUUAUCGAACAACUGCAAAAUGCUCAAAAGGAGAAGGAAAGAAGAACUCAAGAGAUCGAAAGGGCAAGAAGGAGAGCUUUGGAAGAAGCAGGAAUCGCCUUCACUGAUAUGGGAGAAAUGAUUCGCUCGGAAUCCAUGAACGUACCAAAUAUCGUAAACCUUAACGAAGACCCAAUGAUGAGCGGAUUGCUUGUUUAUUCUUUCAAGAUUGGUGAAACAUUUAUUGGAAGAGAUAAAUCAAACAAUAUUGUCCUGAGCGGACUUCAAAUUAAGCCACAACAUUGUGUGGUAAUCCGAAACCAGGAUAAGGUUACUCUCAAGCCAAUCAAAGAUGCCCUGCUUUAUGUCAAUGGAAGGACCAUCACAUGUGAGACAGUGCUGAAUUGCAAUGAUCGUAUAAUUUUGGGUAAUAAUCAUGUUUUCAGAUAUGUAGAUCCAAACGGUUCUGAAGCUGAGUCUUCCAUCGAUUGGGCGUUUGCACAAGAAGAAUUAGCAUAUGAACAAAAGCGUGCCAUUGAACUGGCAGUAGAAGAAAAGGAAAAAGAAAUAGAACAAAAUAUGAAACUACGAAUAUUAGAAAUAGAGAAAGAGUUCGAAAAACAAAAGUAUCAACAGCAAGAGAUUAUUGAAAGACAAGUGAAAGAACUCGAACAGCACAAACAAAAAAUUGAAGAAAUGGACGAAAAGAACAGAAAAAAGAAAAAGAGCCUUAAAGAUACUGUCAGAGGAAUGAUCAAAACAAUUCAGCAUAGAUUUUUACAUCGAGAUGAAAAGGUAACCAAGCCUUCUGGAAAUAUUUCUAGAAACAGAAUUGACGAAAAUUUAAUAAGGCUACUGCCCAUGAUCAAAGAGGCAAAUGACAUUGUCAGAGAGUUUAAUAACAACAUUAGAUAUGAUUUAAAGAUCUUGGUGAAGAAUGCUGAACCACAGCUUGGUAUUCAAGCCGUCGACAAGGAGCGAAAGAAAACAACAAUGUGGACGGUCGAAGAGUUUGAAGCACGAUUAGUGAAGAUGAGAGAAAAAUUAGCAUCACUUCAAAAUCCUGUCCUUCAAAACGACGACAGUCAAGAUCCGUUUUACGGAUGUGCUAUCGAUGUAGUGGCUUCAGCAAAGAUGGAACUGAAAUAUCUUGCAAGGAGACAAUCAAAGGAGGAGCUAUUAUCAUUGCAAGAUACAGACGGAAAUGAAAUUGGAAAAUUGUUGGUUGCUAUUGUUCCGCUUGUUCCAGGCGAUGAAACAAUGAAACAACUUCCAACACCUGUUUCUUCGCCUGAUGACCUCUUGGGAGAUCCACUACACUUUCUCCUUAAAAUCAAGGCUGUUAAGGAAUUAAGUAUUCAAUCUAAGGACAAUUUUAUUAGAUUUAGGUUUUACACUGAAAAACCAAUUACAACAUCAAAGCAAAAUGGUACUAACUUAUUAUUUAACUUCCACAGAAGAUACUGUGUUAGAAGUGUCAAUGUAGAUUUAAUUGAAUAUCUAGAAGACGGGUUCAUUCAAUUUGAUCUAGUUGGUGAGGUUUCUCAAGAGGAGAAAUGGAACUCAAUUCGUCAAAAGACUUUAUCCUCCAUUUCUGGAUUGAGCUCAAGCAACAACAGCGACAGCACCUCGUUGAGCCAGCAUGGAUCAUUUAAUGGAUCUUCUCCAGUUUUGAAACGAAAAGCUAUCCCGAGCUUUAGCCCUCCUUCAAGCCCUGUGUCGAGUACACCAAGAACUAACGAAUUGAAUCAAAGUUUAGACACGGAAAGUUAUACUUCAACUGAACGAGAAUUGGCAAAAGAAAAUGAACUGCUGAAGGCGAGAAUAAGAAGAAUGUCUAUUGGAAGUUCCACCUCUCCUCCAAGAUCACGAUCAGUAAUUCCUCCUCAAGCUUCAUCCAUCUCUUCAUACUCGAUUCUUAUUGUAAAUUUGAUUGAAAUUAUUGACUGUCCUUAUCCAGACGGAGAUUUAAUUUUCAAGAUUUCACUCUCUCAAGGUUCUGAAAACAAGUCGUUCAACGAGAAGGCUAAAUCAAGUUCAAAGACAAGUAGUUUGGGAAAGGUCACGUUCAACGAACAACUCACUUUCAGCAUUGUGGACACAGUUCAGCCAAGCAACAAACUCAAAGUCAAGCUCGUUCACAACAAGACACAUGUGCUCAAACUCUCAACCACCAUUAAUGACAUCUUUGAAUCGUUCCAAAAAGGACAAGAACAAAUUCUUUCAUUUUCUGAUUCUCAUACCAAAUUACGAUGGAGUUUCUCUCUCGAUAUCUAA